AUGAGUAAGGAGGACCGGAGGAGGCACCUGGCCGCCAAUAUGGCCGGGCUGGUGAAAAUGGCCGAAAUGGCCGUUGUGCUGUCCGAGGAAGGGGAGGAUCCUGUCCGCAUUGAAGCAUUGGAACAGAAGAAAGCGACCCUCACCUCGAGUUCGCGCAAAUUAAGGACUGCCCUGGAACGCUCCAAGGAGAUGUUCCGCGAACAGGCAUCGCUGCUGGCUGCCGAGAGGGAGAUGCUGAUUCUGGAGAAGGAAAACUCGGGGAAGCUAGCCGAGGAGGGAGAGCUUCUCCGUGCGGACCGGGAGCGUCUGGAGACCGACAUCGGGCGCCUAACCCAACAGAUCGAGGACCUGAAAGUCUCCAUGCUUCCUGCCGAGGACGAGCCGGAGGAUAUAACCGCUUUGAAGAGUCGAUCAGAGCUGGUCGCCCAUAUCCGGCUCCUCGAAGUAGAUUGCGUCGGCGCUAUGGAGGAGGGGUUCGACUCCGCAGUCGGCCAGCUUUCCUUGCUGAAUCCUGGUUUGAUCACUGAAGGGACGGGCUACAUGUAUCAGAUCGUGGAUGGCGCGAUCGUGCCCCCGCCCGACUCUCUUGUUGUCGACAAUGAUGGUUCCGGGGAGACUGGAUUGUAG